ACUGUCAAAGUCUUCUGGAAAUAUCACACCACCUUUUGGUUUGGUCACAUUAGCAAGGGAAAUUUGGGACACUGAAUUUUAGACUAUUUUCCUGAAUGUAAACUUGUCAAGCAUGUCAAGUGUGAUUGUGAAUGCACGGGCGGCAUUGCUGGCAAUUGACCUAUCGCCGUUUGCGAGUUAGCCACGCCCCUUAGACAACCCGGCCCUAUGGAGUUUUUGUUCACUAAGUUUUGAAAGUGGCCUUUUUGUAGACAGCAACCAUGGGCGACAGUAAAGACUUCAGUGAUGAAACGGAGAAGGAUUUUAAUAGCCGUAUGAGGAGUAUCGUCAACAAUGGCAUAACAUGCAUGACCAUGGCCCUUGGGUUUGAAACUGGUUUAUUCAAAUUGAUGAUUUCCAUGGAAACGCCCAAGACCUGUCAAGAGAUUGCUGAUGCCGGCAAAUUUAAAGAAAGGUACGUGAGGGAGUGGCUAGGAUCGAUGGUGACGGCACACAUCGUCAGUUAUGACCCAGUUGAAGAGAAAUACUGGAUUCCUAAACAUCGUCACUCUAUCGCACAGUCCCGAGGAAUGGCCAUGUGCACCCCGACGUUGAGCACAGCUUUCUUUGAUGUCGCCGAUUGCUUCCAAAAAGAUGGACCUCCAGGUGUUCCAAAUGAGAAGUAUGACAGGUUUUAUGCACAGAUGACGCAGGUCCAUGGGCCCAUGUUCCAGAAUGAGUUCAUCACGGAUUUCUUUCCUUCCAUGCCAGACAUUCAAGCCAAACUGGAGUCGGGCCUGAAUGUACUGGACAUUGGCUGUGGAGCUGGGACGUCAACCAUUGAAAUGGCCAAACGCUUCCCGAAAAGCCACGUACACGGACUUGACUUCUCCGUUACGGGCAUCAAAGAAGCGCAGGCUAAAGCCGACGCAGCGAGCGUGACAAACGCGACUUUCAUCUGUCAAGACGUCACGGUGCUACCCGCAGAUUGGACCGACAAAUUCGGUUACGCGUUCGCUCACAUGGUCAUCCACGACUUGACCGACCCGGAUACAGUGCUCAAGGGGAUUUUCCGCGCGCUGACUCCAGGGGGCACUCUGUCCGUCGUCGAUCCCAAAUCGCAUUCAACUCUCAAGGGUAACCUAUCCGAGGAUGUCAAGCAUAGUCACAUGCUUUACAGCCUCAGUUUGCUGAAUUGCGUACCGACGUCGCUGUGCAAGGGGGAGGGCGCAGCGCUAGGGGCGGCCAUGGGGCGAGAAAAGGGGCAAGCAUUGAUUGAGAAUGCUGGCUUCAAUAUAUCUUCCAUCAGUGAUGCCUUAGGUGCGCAACAUUAUUUGUGUAUAAAACCUCUCUGAAUUCGUACAUUACACAAAUAAUUUAAUUCCAAUGAGGAGAAUAACUGAAUUUUGUGUGUGUUCAUGCAGUUGAAGCAUAUAUUUGAUAUAUUUUGAAAAGAUCAUUGCAGCGCUCUAUUUGAAACUACACUUUCCUUUAAUAUGAAAAUAUCUGAAAAUUUAGCUACAAAAUUAAGGAAGUUAGUGAUGUCAUUUACAAUUCAAAUACCAUGGAACUGAAUUGUAUCAGAUUUAUUUAACAAUCUGGGGAGUAGAAAAAUUCAAAGUUUGAUGAAUUAGAAGGUACUAUAAGGAAGAGUGGGCCAUUUGCAGCUGUCCAAAAAGUAACUGACCAAAUUGUUAUAUAAAAGCUUACUUGGUUUACAUAUUGUAAUGAACACUAAAUUCGCUGUGAAAUUAGUCCUUUUGGCAUGCUGCCAUUUUAAAGCAAACAAAAUUUUCGUUUGUAGUUGGGUGAAUCUGUGAAUGGGUGCAAGCAUUGACACGGACACACACGCGUGUGCGGUUACUAUUUGUCGGUUAAGUGUGUGACCGCGUAAUUUUAAUCAGCUGAAUGAGAAUCAUGUUCCGAAUGCUGAUUUUGGGAUCAUGUCACGAGAGGGCGCAAUUCAAAAUAUGACUCUGAAACUUUUUGAAUUAAAGUCGAGAUCCAAAACACGUGUAUUUUGUUUUCUCAAAAUAUUACAGCAUACACAGAGCUGAAACUUCAUUAAGUUAGUUGUUAAGCACCCGACUUAAGAUUUUGAGCACUUUUGUUGCUUUAAACGAAAAAUUAUUCACAAAUGACAAACUGUCCAUUCUACCUUAAACUAGGUUUCAAAGUUGAUUGAAAAGUCGUCAAUGGCAAAAUAUUUUGAUAUACAUGUAGUCAAAAUACAUUUAAUUCUUUCCUUUUUUGGUUGGAAAAAAAACAGUCAUAUAUUAUCAUGCCUUAUUUAGUACUCUAAUACAUAUUUAGUAUCAACUUAUCAAGUAGUGAAUUAAUUUCAUUUUUAUGGAAUAAUGUUAAGUAUUCAGUGGCAUAACUGAUUUGGCAAUUGUUUUAUUUGAAUGUACCUUUCCAAAGAUUUUGCACCAUGUAUUGUAAAUGCGACUUUUUCUGAAAUUGUGAACUAGAAAUUGAUAUAUUUUUCCAGUAAGUCUUAAAUCUCAGGAAAUAGUCUAGGAGAACUUAAAGGAAAUGCAUUUUGAAUUGAUAUCUUAAUCUGCAUUUUCCUAAGUAGACCAAUACUGCAUAAAUAAAACAAUUUUAUAUGAUAAAAAU